UGAACAUCAGCUUCCAUCUCCUUUGGACCAGAUGCAUUCAAUCCUCGCUCUGGAGCUCUCAAGUCGAAUAACUAUCUCGUUAAUCGGCCGUCGUCAGCACCAUGGUGGUGCACAAAGCAUACUCUUCGCAGUAUCAUCCCAUCCACCCCAGCGUGAGGGAUCGACUCGAUAAGGAUUAUGUGGACCACUACAACCGGUACCUGAUCAAUCAACCACUCGUCCAACACUUGCCACUCGCCGUAUCCCGACAGGGCGGACAAACUCCCCCAGCUCACAGCACCCCCCUUGCCGUAGGAACCACCCAGGACUUUCGCAUCUCUCGCCGAGAGACCUUUGGACCCAAAAUUGAAGUGCGCUGCUUUACCCCACAUGGAGCGGCACCGAAAACCGGCUGGCCGCUGGUGCUCUACUAUCACGGUGGUGGUUGGGUGUUUGGCGACAUCUCGUCCGAAAACACCAUCUGCACAAACCUGUGCGUUCGCGCUCAGGCCGUAGUGAUCACAACCGGUUACAGACUUGCCCCCGAGUGCCCUUGGCCUGCGGCCAUCCACGACGGCUGGGAAGCAUUUCUUUGGGCCACCUCCAAGGGCGCCGAGCUGCUCAACAUCAACACCCGAAAAAUCGUCUUCAGCGGGGCUUCGGCAGGAUCCAAUAUUGCCGCCGUCAUGGCACAGAGAGCAGUGGCGCACCCACAGCCCGGUGUCUCGAUAUGUGCGCAACUUCUUGUGGUGCCCAUUACGGACAACACUGCGACGCCGUUGACCAACCCGACCUGGCAAAGGUACGAGUUCACCGCAGGCUUGCCGGCCGAGAAGAUGCUGUGGUAUAGGCACCACUAUCUGCCAAAUAAAGCGGACUGGUCACACCCAGAGGCAUCCCCUCUGUUUGCUUCUGACGAGAUAUUUGCCCGCCUCCCCCCGACAUUGGUAAUUGUGGCCGAGCUCGAUGUCCUCCGUGGUGAUGGGGAAGAAUACGCGAAGAAGCUCAGAGCCAACAGGGUGUGCGCCGAUGUGAUGGUCAUGGAAGGAAUGCCCCAUCCUUUUGUAGCAAUGGACGCCAAACUCGACGCGGCCAAGCGAGCCAUCACCAUCAUGUGUGAGAGACUGCUCAAGACUUUUGCAUAACGGGUUUUUGCGUGCAUUUCCGGCGCUGGAGGUUGAUUUGAUGGUCAGUCAUUUUCACUUGCAGUCAGUUUGGGCGGGUGCGAUUGUCGAGCGUGCCAUGUACUGAGAGAGGCACUUUGAUUAUACAUUGAUACCUACAUAGACCUUUGGACCGAGGCUGGGCUAGGCUUCGUUGUUUUGUGCGUAUCAAAAUUCAAUUCAUUAUGCC